AUGAAGAAAAGCACUUCUCCGGAUAUCAUCUUUCUCAUGGAAACUAAGAAUCCCGAUGACUUUGUGAUCAAGAAGACGAAACAGAUGGAGUAUGGAAACAUCCACCUAAUCUCACCUACAGGCCAUGGAGCUGGUGGUUUGGCUCUCCUUUGGAAACAAGAGAUCAAACUUCAUGUGAUCAGCGCUUGUGCAAAUCUCAUUGACACUUCUAUUGAAUAUGAAGGAAAACUGUUCUAUGCUUCAUUUAUUUAUGGUGACACGGAUAAACCCAAGCGGAGACUCUUGUGGGAACAUCUCCUAUCUUUAAAUGCAGCCCGGGAUGCAGCUUGGUUUAUAACCGGUGACUUUAAUGACAUCACUUGUGAAGCAGAGAAGGAUGGAGGUCCAACGAGAGCAGAAGGCUCUUAUACUGAUCUCCGAACUUUCUUCUCCGAAGGUGACCUGUACGACCUACAGCAUUCAGGCGAUUGCCUCUCGUGGCGUGGUCAGCGUGGAGACUAUCUAGUACGAUGCAGACUCGAUCGGGCGGUCGUCAACAGCCAAUGGGCGGAGCUAUUUCCAAAGGCUCGAUCACAGUACCUAACAUACGAAGGAUCAGAUCACAAACCCAUUAUCUCCUUUUUUGAACCAGAUAAGAAAAAACGAAGAGGCCUAUUUCGUUAUGACCGGAGACUCCGCGACAACCCGGAGGUCAAAGAGCUCGUCAAUAAGACAUGGAAGGAAGCUACUAACUGCGCUGUCCACGAUAGAAUUCGACUAGUGCGAACCGUGAUUAUUGACUGGACGAAGCAGAGAUACUUGAACAGCCGUUUACUCAUCGAGCAAAAACAGCAGGCCCUUGAAGAAGCUCAGACAAGCAGAGAAAAUGACACAGUGCUGAUAGCUACGAUCGAAAAGGAACUGAAUGACGCAUACGUGAAAGAAGAAGAAUACUGGAAGCAGCGCAGCCGUCUUCUCUGGCUCAGUCUAGGAGACCGAAACACGGGGUUCUUCCACGCCACUGCAAGAAAUAGAAAAAGAGCGAAUGCCUUUUCUGUUAUCGAAGACUCAGAAGGCAAAAUGGUAUAUCAAGAAGAGGAGAUUUCCAAAGUUAUCAUAUCUUACUUUCAUCAACUCUUCACGUCCUCAUCCAAGGGGAACCGAGAGGAGACAGUAUCCUAUGCCUUGGCGCCAAUGGUGUCAGAUGAAGAAAACGAGAGGCUCAUAAGCCUACCUUCCCCGCUGGAAAUAAAAGAAGCGGCCUUCUCGAUACAUGCAGACAAAGCUCCUGGUCCCGAUGGUUUCUCGGGUAGUUUCUUCCACACCAACUGGGAUAAUAUCGGCGCUGAUAUCGUCAAGGAAAUUCAGCUGUUCUUCACGACAGGGGUCUUGCCGGAGAGAAUCAAUGACACCCACAUCAGGCUAAUCCCGAAGGUACAAAACCCGCAAACAGUAGGUGAAUAUAGACCCAUUGCGCUCUGCAAUGUGUACUAUAAAAUCAUCUCGAAGAUCCUUACCAAGAGGCUCAAACCGCUCCUUUCGGGAAUCAUCUCAGAAAAUCAGUCCGCUUUCGUUCCGGGAAGAGCAAUAGCGGAUAAUGUCCUUAUUACACACGAGGUGCUCCACUUCCUAAAAACGUCUAAAGCGGAAAAACGAGUCGCUAUGGCCGUGAAAACGGACAUGAGCAAGGCCUACGACCGCCUCGAAUGGGAUUUCAUUGAGUGUGUGCUCCAACGCUUAGGCUUUCACCAAAAAUGGAUUGCUUGGAUUAUGCAAUGUGUGUCUACUGUUACGUACUCCUUCCUCAUCAACGGCUCGCCUAGAGGAAGAGUCACACCGAGCCGAGGUAUCCGUCAAGGAGAUCCUCUCUCUCCAUACAUCUUCAUAUUGUGUGGUGAGGUGCUCUCGGGCCUAUGUAACAGAGCACAAGAGGAGGGUUCCAUCAAAGGAAUCAAGGUAGCUCGAGGGUGUCCUCGAAUAAACCACCUUCUCUUUGCCGACGACACAAUGUUCUUCCUAAAAGCAAGUAAAGAGAGCAGCGAGGCUCUGAAACAGAUCCUAACCCGCUAUGAGGAAGUUUCUGGGCAGUCUAUCAAUACCGCCAAGUCCUCGAUCAACUUCUCCCGAUGGACCCCUGCAGCGCUCAAGAGUUCGGUUAAAGAUACGCUGGGGAUAGAACAAGAAGGUGGCACGGGAAAAUAUCUUGGCCUACCAGAGCUUUUUGGGAGAAAGAAACGAGACCUCUUCUCAUCGAUUGUAGAACGCAUCAAGCAAAAAGCCAGCGGAUGGUCUAACCGGUACCUCUCAACAGCCGGGAAACUGACAAUGCUAAGAAGCGUCCUAUCUCCAAUACCAUCACACGCUAUGUCGUGCUUUAAGUUACCAGUAUCUCUUUGCACGAGAAUACAAUCUGCGCUCACAAACUUCUGGUGGGGCAACGGAAAUGGAGACAGGAAGAUGGCGUGGGUCUCGUGGUCAAAGCUAACUCUCCCCAAGGAUCAUGGCGGCCUGGAGCUCAGGGAUAUCCAAAGUUUCAAUGAUGCGUAUCUCACAAAACUCAGCUGGAGAAUCUUAAACCAUCCAAAAAGCCUCCUUGGACGAACUCUUCUGGGCAAAUACUGCCCCUCGGAAUCUUUCCUCACGGUUGAUUUACACAACUCUUGCUCCCAUGGAUGGAGAGGCAUCAUCACCGGACGAGACCUAAUCAUACAGAACUCCGGAUGGGCUAUUGGUAAUGGACUGAGCACCAACAUCUGGAACAAGCCAUGGCUUAGCCUUUCAGAACAGCGACGCCCAAUGGGACCAGCUCCUGAGGGGCUUCUCAACCUCACGGUAGCGGACCUAUUCCUACCAGAUGUGAAUGAAUGGGAUUUGGAGAAAAUUCGACAAACCCUACCAUUUGAGGAAGACAGAAUUUUGGCGCUCAAACCAAGCUUGACAGGAGCUCCAGACAAACUUAUAUGGCUUGGUUCCACAUCGGGUGAUUACUCCACAAAAUCUGGUUACAGAGCGGCAUUAAGUUCGCAAUCUGAACCCAUCGUUGCCACACAAAUAGAUCAAGAUUUCGACUGGAAAAAGAAUGUGUGGAAGCUUCAGACAGCUCCUAAAAUACAACUCUUUGUGUGGAAAGUCUUCCACGGAGCCCUACCCUGCGGGGAGCAACUUGUCAGAAGACACAUCGAUGUUGAAGGGAAGUGUAAAAGAUGUGGAUUACCAGAGACCAUAGACCACCUGUUUCUUCACUGCAACUUUGCUAGGCAAGUAUGGAACUCAGCUCCGGUACUGCCAAGCAUUGAGUACAGUGGAGAUUUAGACGUUCGCAGUGGCUGGAAUAGCUUAUGCACUCGAAAAUGCCUUCCCCCUACUGGAAUUGCAACAGGAUCCUUGGCUCCCUGGAUCCUUUGGCAAAUCUGGAACUCAAGGAACAACCUCGUUUUUAAUAACAGGAUCAUCACUGUAGAAGAAACUUUGUCCACGGCUGUAGCAACAGCGGCUGAAUGGAGCAGAGCUCAACUCAAAUCUCCACCUGCUACUAGGAACAACUUUUCUACAAAGCAAGCCCAACCAAACUGUGUUCUUGUUAGGACUGAUGCCGCUUGGAGUGAGACAAAAAAGAUUGCAGGCUUAGGAUGGACGACAGAAGACCGCUCCAGAAUCUCUUCCUUCUCAUCCUCAGAAAGAUUUGUUAACUCUCCCCUUCUAGCUGAAGGGCUAGCGAUGCGAACAGCUCUCAGUCGGUGCAGAGACCUCGCCGUCACACGGAUCAGAUGCGAAUCGGAUUCGGUCCAACUCAUCAGUGCCUUGACAUCAGACAGCGCCUUUGCGGAACUGUAUGGUGUUGUGGCCGAUAUCAAAUCUAUCUCUUCUUCUUUUGAGUUUAUUUCCUUUUCCUGGAUCUCACGUGAGAGAAACAGGGUAGCUGAUAAUUUAGCAAAGCAGGUUUUGUCUGCUGAACUUGCCAUUAUGGCUUCAACCAACUCUGUUUAA